AUGCAUGCAAACACGUUGACGGCGACCAAUCACCAUUUCUCCGCUUCGAGUCACAAGCCCUUUCCGACGGAGGUUUCAAGGAGCAUAAUGGAGCUCUCCUCCGUCGGAACUCUCUCCACUUUGACCCACGACGGCUGGCCUCUCGGCGUCGGCGUUUGCUUCCCCGUUGACCAGGAAGGCACUCAUGUUCUCUGCCUCAAUCGCACAUUCUCUCCUAACAAGAGGUCUGCUCUUCAUGUUCAGGUGAAAUUAGAUCCAUCUAAUGCCAUCGGAUACCGACUAUGCUCAACUACGUUAGACUCUGCAUCACUUGACUUCACAUAUUCAGGAAGAGAAGCUGGCCUCGAGAUGAAGCAUCUUGGAAACCGAGUUUAUUGCAUGAUGCUUAGAGAAACCGACCCCCUACGGAUGAUGAAAGAGACAAUCGAUACGAUGGUGGUAGUCCAGGGAGAUCUCUUAGCCCUGUGUUCCAUAGCCGUCCUGAUUAAUUACAGGAGUCCAACAUCUUAUGAACAAUGCUCCAUCACCUUAAUCACCAACAACGUGGGAGUCCAGAUUAUGGUAGACAAAGGAGUCAUGCUUAUGACCGAUAUAGAAGCUGCCCCUGCACCUGCAACCUUGCCGACAGAAAGGCUGUUGCCCGUCUCCCUGUCUAUUUCGGAAGUACAAGAGUAG